AUGGAUGGCUUAUAUUUGCCCGAUGGGCGUCAGCUCGCAUUAAUUGAUCGUGAUUGGAUCCUUGACGAAUUGCCACAUUUAGGAAACCCAGACGACAACUCCGACGCUAACUAUUUACUUGCAUCAGCAGCAGCAGCUACAAGUGGUACAGGUGUUGCUACAGGCGGCUCAGCAGGUCGAGGCACAACCGGUAUCGGAACUGGAAGUGGCUCAUCACACGGAGUAGCUAAUCAUACGGGCGGUGGAUCUGUUGGUGCAGAUAGUACAGGAGCAAAUAAUCACGGCGCCGGUGUUAAUCAUAAUCAUAGCUUAUUAUAUAAUCCAGACGAAUUUGAAGGUGAUUUAACAUUACUUUCGGAAAUUGUUGACGAAACACAAAAUAAGUGGUCGGAUUUUGGACUUAACCAAUUACUGACACCGUACGCACGUUCAAUUCGACCUGCGUUCAAAUAG